CUCCCGGUUGGCCGUCAUGUUAGAGACCAGCUUCUCAGUCCCGAGGACUCGAGGGCUGAUUGAGACGCUCAGCUGCUCCCAGGCUGCUCCUCCAGGCGCCAACACCGUACUCAAUGCAAGAAUUGUGACUUGGGUCAUCUUGCCAUGCCCCCUGGCCUCUCAGGUCUGAACUACAAUUGACCCGUCGUCACUUUGCAGACUAAACUGUUCCUUCCUUUAUCUCAUCUACUGUGGAAGGGAUCAGGAGAUCCAAUGGAGACCUCACUUAUCAGCCCAAUGAAAGAGAACAACACCGCACAACCGCAGCAGCGGGAAGAGAACACCCAGCAAAACCUAAAUGCAGCCUUUCCGAUUAAGCAGCAGUCCCCAGGUCUUCUCCCUGAAGCCCUGGAGGUGGGAGUGAAACCAGAUCCAGCCAGUCAAAUUUUAGCGACUCAAGAGAUUGAAAAUCCCGUAGCUGGAUUUGAAGGUGACUCUGAUAAAUUUCACAUCUCCACCGAUGAGAUGGCAGAGCACCUCCAAGCUUCUGAUCUUUGGUACUGCCCUGACGGGAGUUUUGUAAAGAAGAUCAUAGUUCAUGGCCACGGCUUAGACAAACCCAAGCUAGGCUCCAAAUGCCGAGUGUUGGCUUUGGGGUUUCCUUUUGGAUCUGGGAUGCCAGAGGGCUGGACAGAACUAACCAUAGGCACAGGGCAAUGGAGGGAAAAAACAUGGGGGGAACUCACAGAAAAAUGCCUGGAGUCAAUGCGUCAAGGUGAGGAAGCGAAGAUUCACCUUCCCGGAUCCUCUACACCUCUUGCUAAGCUCAGACUGGAUUCCUUCACCAAUGGCCGGGACUCCUGGGAGUUGGAAGCUGUGGAGAAGGAGGCUCUGGCCAAAGAAGAACACAGAAGGGGCACCGAACUGUUUCGAGCUGGGAACCCUCAAGGGGCUGCCCGAUGCUACGGACGGGCUCUCCGGCUGCUGCUGACGUUGCCCCCACCCGGCCCACCUGAACGAACUAUUCUUCAUGCCAAUCUGGCAGCCUGUCAGUUGCUGCUAGGAUACCCCCAGUUGGCAGCCCAGAGCUGUGACCGAGUGCUGGAGCGGGAGCCGGGCCAUUUAAAGGCGUUAUACCGAAGAGGGGUUGCUCAGGCUGCCCUCGGGGACUUGGAUAAAGCAACUGCUGAUCUCAAGAAAGUUCUGGCAGUAGAUCCCAAAAAUCGUGCCGCGAAAGAGGAGCUGGGGAAGGUGGUCAUUCAGGGAAAGAUACAGGAUGCAGGACUGGCUCGGGGGCUGCGCAAGAUGUUUAGCUGAUUAAAAAGUUAAAUUUUAAAAGAGACAGGAA